CUGCCGUCCUAGCAUUGCGCUGCAUGACGAAGUCUUGAUAUGUUCAGUUUACUUUGUUGGACGGUAGCAAUAAUAUUACAUAAAAUAGUUCAGGGUGAGUGUCGCAGGCUUUACCCUAUCUGUGGAUUGGAUGGAGAUCGAUACCAAAGAGACCAUCGAGAGUAACAUGAUCGCCAGGGUUCUUCACGGCACCAGCGCCCUGCUAAUCGCUAUCAGUCUGUGUGGCUCUGGAUCGCUUGGUGCCAUAUUGCGAAACUGCCAACCAGAAGAUGGAAAAAUACAUGACUAUGGCGACACUGUAUAUGUCCAGCCAGCGAAUGAUCCUACUACUAUACAUGUCAGGCCUGGUGGAAACCUCUACAAGAAGCCGUUCAUCUUCACAUCACCAUGCGAUGUAUCAUUCAAGGCUAUUUCUCUUCUGUACUCGGGAACAUGCUCUGUAUCAGUGAGUUAUGGAAGCGAUGACAGAGUUCUUGAUAUGCUUCAAUUUUCAGAUCCAGAUCCAGAUCUGCUGACACGUACCUGGAAUCGUAGAAACGUGAGCCUGACGAACGCUGCGUCCGAAUCGCUUCACGGGUUCAUGACAAGCAAUAAUACGAGCAGGUUCCUGAUCACGAUUUCCCCAGGGAUAUCUAAUUAUUGUCAAUUAUAUAAAGUCGACCACAAAGGAGCAAGUGGACUGAUCAUCAUUGGACAGGAUAUAAACGAAUGUGUCAAUGGCACGUAUGCGUGUCGUGGAAACAGAAAAUGUGUGAAUACUGUGGGGUCGUAUUUCUGCCGAUGUCUGGAUGGAUACAACGGUUCUACAUGCCAAGAUAUUGAUGAAUGUCAAAACGGCAAAAACAAUUGCAACAAAAUGGUCAACAGUGACAACAGACAAUGCCAGAAUCUGAACGGCUCAUACCAUUGUCCCUGUCUUCCUGGAUAUGCUGGGUCGCAAUGUGACGAUAUAAACGAAUGUGCCAAUGGCGCGUAUGCCUGUCGUGGAAUGGCUAAUCCUGGAAACAGAAAAUGUGUGAAUACUGUGGGGUCGUAUUACUGCCGAUGCCUGGACGGAUUUACAGGUUCUACAUGCAUAGACAUUGAUGAAUGUCAAAAUGGCAAACACAACUGCAACGAAAUGGUCAAUAGUGACAACAGACAAUGCCAGAAUUUGAACGGCUCAUACCAUUGUCCCUGUCUUCCUGGAUAUGCUGGGUCGCAAUGUGACGAUAUAAACGAAUGUGCCAAUGGCGCGUAUGCCUGUCGUGGAAUGGCUAAUCCUGGAAACAGAAAAUGUGUGAAUACUGUGGGGUCGUAUUACUGCCGAUGCCUGGACGGAUUUACAGGUUCUACAUGCAUAGACAUUGAUGAAUGUCAAAAUGGCAAACACAACUGCAACGAAAUGGUCAAUAGUGACAACAGACAAUGCCAGAAUUUGAACGGCUCAUACCAUUGUCCCUGUCUUCCUGGAUAUGCUGGGUCGCAAUGUGACGGUGGAUUCGUCUCCAUUGUGACCUUCGCCAUCUCCAUCAGUCUUGUGGUAGUCGUCUCUGGGCUCACGAUCUCAAUUCUGAUAGCUCAGCUGAAGAGAAAAUAUACGAAAGCAGCCCACAUGAGAGUUCAAACUGCUGCUUUACAGAACACGGUGGGAACAGCUGGCAGUAACGCCCUAUCCCUAACAGGGAAUGACGCCUAUGGGACAACGACGUCUGGAGAUCGACAAGAUCCUUCUCUGUAUGAUACUAUACAGUAAUCUCUAUGCAUCAUUGCUCAGAAGCAGAAGCUCUACAUGGAUCUUCACGUGCACUGAUAGCAUAGUGACGUUUGGUGUACAUUGUACAUGUGCAUGUGUAUUGUAACUAUGCUUGUAAAGUAUGAAUAUUUUUCAUACUUCAAAGUUCUUUUUGAAAACUAUUCAUACUUCCCAACAAUCAUUCUCACCCUUCUAUUCGGCAUGUUUUCUCAUAAUUUUGUAGAUCUUAACAUUAUGCAACAUGCAUACAAAACAACAUACAUGUAUGUCACUCUGAGCGUUGGGUCUUGUCGGUUUUAGCUAGCCGAACUAGUCUAGCUCUAAAACACAUGGUAUGUAGCCUCCUCCGGGAUUAUGCUCCUGCUUCGGCCACCCAAAGCCUAAUUGUCGCCAAUCCUGAGUAGCCAAUCUCCACUGAGCUACCCUAUUGCACCCUUCAUUUGACACUCUCCUUUCACUCUUAUUAUCUGUUUGAUUAUUCGCUAUUUUCUGCUGUGUUCCAAAAUUAGAUCCUCUCUUUCAUUCUAAAUCUUCCAUUUUCCCCCGUGCUUUUAUCCCCUCAUGCUGAUGCUUCCUCCCGAAUUUGGUGCGCCUGCCAUGUGAAGAUGCCGAGACCUCUGGUCGGUUGAGCAUGGCAAGCCCCACCAGCACCAUCUCACCCCAUGCUAGCCUCAUGUGCCUGCCAGUAAGUUGUGUAUUUAGUUAAACAAUAAAACAAUGUUUUGAGUGUGACCAGGUUCGAAACAUGAAAUCAAUACGUUUUUAACAGCCUGCACGACGCCUUCGUUUUUAAUUGUUUUUAUUCGGUCUGGUCUCCCUUUUAGAUAAUGUUAAUACAGUAUACAUGUAUAUGUAUUUGAUAUUAUUUGAAGUGUGUUCAUUUUAUAAAGGUAGUUCACGCCUCCUUUCGGGCUAUUUUAGCAGGUAAUAUUCACAAAGGAUUUGCAGCGAUAUGAAUUUCCACGAUAUCUUGUGGUCAUCAGGGUGCUAUUGCUUCAAGGGCUUACUGACCUUCUUGCCUCAUUUUUUCAUCUCUCUUAUAUCAUGCUUGCUGUGCUCUUCUAUUCUUGGUUGAAUCCACCCCUACCCGUAAUAGCUCCUCGUCCACACAAGCGCUCAACUGUAUCGAAUUUUGAAGUUUCAACUUCACUUUAGUCUGCUUUCCAUCAGAAAGAAUGAUGUUCUGGCACUCCCCUCGGGU